AUGGGUGGUGCAGAUCAAGCAGAAUUUGACAAAGAAUAUAGAGACAGACAAUUUCAAAAUCAUGGAAAUAGUAAUAAAAUGCAAAGAAUGGAUAAUCCACCAGAAAGUUCUGGAGGGCAACAACCAUAUUAUAAUAAAAGACAAAGAACUCUAAGUAUAGUAUGGGAACAAAUAAAUAUGCCAAAGCUGAACACUACAGUAGAUAAAGUAUGUGAAGUUGUCAUUCUAAUGGAAGAAAUCCCAGAACCACAUAAUGUAGGAGAUGAACCACCACCAGGGAGGAGGAGCAGAGAAUUUUGUGUAUAUUAUCGCUUUCAUGGUAACACAACAAGUGCUUGCAGAAAUAUGAGGAAAAUCAUAUUGCGAUUGAUUGAACAAGGAAAAUUGGAUCAUUUCUUAGCACAGCAACCAAAGAAUUUACCACCACCACCACCAGGAGGAAAUGUAUAUGCAAAGCAGAAAGGAAAGGAUACAUUUGUAAUUGAAGUAGGCGCGAAAGCGAAGAACCUAUAUUGUAAUUCAAUUGUACAUUCAUUUAGAAGCAUAAAAGACUUUCAUGACAAUGUCUUAAUAAGGGUGUAUGCGAAAGAUGUUGAUGGAAGGGAAAUUCUUAAUCUUGCGAAAAUAUCACCAUUGAAGGAUUGGAAAAAACAGACUAUCUCAUUUAGUGCGGAAGAAACACCAGGAGGAGGGGAGUCGCAUGAAUGUCCAUUAGUAGUGCGAUUAGGAAUUAAUCCGAAGCCAAAAGUAGAAGAUGAUGAAGAAGAUGAAGCAAACACUUGGGGAAUAUAUAGAAUACUUAUAGAUCCCGGAAGUUCUGUUGACAUUCUCUUUUAUUCUACAUAUAAAACCAUGGGUGGAAGGGAUGACAAAUUGAUUCCUUCAACGUACAAAAUUUAUGUCUUCAAUGGAACUGCGAACAAGCCAAAAGGUGAGGUGACUAUGAGGAUUCUUCUUCAGAAUAUGCCUACAAAUAUUGUGUUCUGUGUUGUAGAUGUCGAAUCGCCCUAUAAUGCUCUAAUUGGAAGACCAUGGUUGCAUAGUAUCUUGGGUGUGGCCUCAACAUUUCAUCAGUGCAUAAAAUUUCCUUUACCUCAGGGUGUUGGUAUUAUAAGAGGAGACACAGUUGAAAGUAGGAAUUGUCAAGAAAUUGACAUUGAAAAGUACGAAGAAAGAGAGAGUAAGCGAAGAAAUUGGAAAAAACAUGUUGCAGAUAGUCAAAGAGCUGAGAGGUUAAUGGUGGAUACAGUAUUUAGUUGA